AAAUUCCCUUUUCUUCUAACAAUCUUCAACCAAUAAUAUACCCUAUGAAUGAUGAAAUUUUCAACUCGUCACGAAGUGAUCGCACCGCGAUCGCGGAUUUCUUCAAACACGCCACAAAACUAGGCACAACUGAAGAAUUAUUAUGAUUUCCAUUCAAUGAAAAUACAAUUUGAAGCACAAUGAAAAUUAUCAGCAUGAGAUGCUACAGCUAAUAAUUUAACAUGAAAGAAUAUAUUGCUCAAUUUAACUUCACACUGGCGAAAUGUUCUUAAGGAGAGACUAAUCGGUGCUAUUCACAAAAGUAAAAUCGCGAUGGCAAAAUAGCAAUUAUUCAUCCCCGUUUGUGUACAACUAUAAUUAAUUUGCCCGUGAUCUCAAUCAAUCACUAUAUCGAUUGUGUCUGGAAUGGGAGGAAAGGCAAGCAUUUGAAAUGCGCGACAAGCUUGUAAAAAGUUGGAUGCUGGAAUUAAAUACGCGGCAGAGAAAGCAUAUUUCUUUGAACGCAAAAAAAAAAUUCAAUCGAAGAAAAAAAAACUUCCAAAAGUCGUUGUUACAUAAAAGCACAAAAAUACUUCAAAUCCGAAGAAUUUGCAUAAAAUUUACAAAUAUAACUUUGCUAAAAUGUGUGCGCGAGUGCACAGUGGAGGAGGUAAAAAUUCGAUGGUUGGUCAAAUUGUGUUUUAUAAGCAUUUUGAGACAGCACCAUACAAGAUAAAUGAUCUCCCUGUAUCGGAGUAAGAUCGAGAUUAGAUUCACAUAAAUUCCCCUCUCCCUUUACACAUUUGUAUGCAGAAGAGAGGCUCCAAGACAUGUAAUUAUUGAUUGUGAAUGAAGAAAAUUGCUCAAUAAUAUGAUAUAUUAUCACACAAAACUGUCCAAAGUCGAGUGAAUAAUGUUCAGUUAAAACUUUUCUGGUGAUCUAUGCGCGAAAAUAAUACACGGGAUCGCCGUCAACACUUUGCUCUUUUUUGCAUGCGGGACUAAAGUGUGGCUCUCAAUGAGCAUUUAGGUGAGCAUAGGGGGAAAAUAGAGACAGACAUCAGGAAAAUUUAUGGGGGGUUACCUGGACAAUAAAGGUGGCGGGCACCCAAUGAGAACGACAGAAGUUAAUCGAUGCUCAUGUCUUGCUAUAUAUGUUUUAAAUAUAUAUUUUACAAAUUUUAAAGAAAUGUAAUUUAUUGAAUCUACCUGGGUGCAAUCACAAGUAAAAUGGUAAUAACUUUUCCAUCAAUCUCCUGUAUAUCUCUUAGCAAAAGUAUGUAAUAUGGAAACUUUAUGACUGACCCGAAUCUCUCUGAUAUGCAAGAUUAAAAUUUAAUUAUCACAAAAACAUGAAUUUAAUUAAGAUUUUCAAUUUAUUGUGAAUGCUCAAAUGCUCACGAUCUCAAUAUCAAUUAAUUCCCGAGAUCAAUAGCGAUUAGGUGCAGUGGGUGUGUACUUUUCCAGCCCAAAAUGCAAAUCAAAAUCGUGAAAAUGAUUUGUUGUAUACAGCAUGGUAUGCAAUAAGAACAACACAGAAGGUAUUUGCGCGAGUUUUGUUGGAUACUUCAUCAAUUUCCAUCGCUCAAGCACACAAAUUAUAUCACCGCACAUAGCUGCCGAUACUUCUCGUCAAUUUCGCUUCCUCAUUAUGUGUUUUGAUGUAACUAUUUUAUUUUAUCCAUUUACCCAUCGAUAUGUGAUGUGUGUUACGAUGCACAAAAUAGAAGGCAGGCAAGAAAAAAAAAUUUGCCCACAACGCGAGCUUUCUUUCCAGCUCCUAAAACACGAAGAAUUCCACGAUCAACGAAAAGUGAUGCUUUUUCCCAAUAUUCAUAAAACACACGGCGAGUGUUAAAUAAUCGAUUAGCUAAUUGUGUUUGUUUAUAUUCUCAUAUUUCACUCAUGGAAAUUAAAUUACCUUUUUCUACCCUUUUGCCGUAAACAUACAAUAUAGCCGCACAGACGUAGCCGAAAAAAAAACUCCAAGCUUUGGCAUGACAAAUAUUUGAAGAAAGUGUAAAAAUGGCAUCUCAAAAUGUCCAAGAUUGAGGUUUCCAAGAGAAUAAUGAUGAAUCUGACAGAGAGUUCAGCAAACUUUUCAAAAUGAUUACGAAGAUAUUUUUUUUCUAUCUUCUAUUCCUACAUAAUUUUUGCAAUAGAUAAGUUAUUGGUUUUAAUUUAAAAAAAAAAAGUAUUUAUUAGCUAAACUCUGUGAAAUAUUGCAAAUAAAAUUACUUUUCAAUCAACUUUAUGAAAAAAGUAACGAGUAGAAAAAAAGUAUUAAAUUUUGAAAGACAUUUCAAUAAAAUUGUGAAAAGCUCUAGUUUCCCGGAAAUUAUUACAAAAUUGAGAAUAUUGCAAAAGAAUAUUGCAGAAAUUCUUUCAAUAAAAUUUCCUUUUCUUUUCAUUUUUUGAGUGUUUUUAUUUUUUGUUAAUUUUGCCCUGCUUAAUUUAUUGGCUUAUUGGUACCUACAUAUAACCUACAAUCAAAAAUCAAUAAGUGAUAAUAAAAAUUUCUUAUCUUACACGUUUUAAUUUUUAUUACCUGAGCAAUAAAAGCACUUAACUUUCGAUCAGCAGUGGGAGCAACUUUUUUUCCCAUAGAAGACAUAUUUUCAAUUUUCCGUGUCAUAUUUUGAAUAAUAAAUGUUUGAUUUUAUCUAAAUGAAUUGAACAAUUUCAGUAACAUUCGAUUAGAAGGGGCCUAAACUAACCCAUUAUGAUUUUUCAUUUCAAUAAAAUUUUAAAACAUUUUAAGAGAAAAAAAUUAAGAAAUAGAUUGCCUUCAAUUUGCAAAAAUUAGACAUUAAACUCUUUGAAAAUUUCACAAAAGGAAAAUUUCUUCUGAAGAAUUUUUGUCAAAGAAUUUUUCAAAACCAGCUCAAGAAUAUUUUUAAAUCCGAUUUAAAUGAAAAAUAAUCGAGUUUUCUUCCUAUCUCUCCCAAGCAUAAGAGCAUAGAAAGACAGUCUUUCGACGACUGAAAGUCUCUUCUCGCGAUUCAUGAGAUUAUGUAUAAUACAUGCAAAUUAAAUGCUUCUCUCACAAGAGAAUUAUUGGCAUACAUACUCUCAAAGCUCAAAAGUAUCAAAACAGAGAAAAAGUCAAAAGAGAGAAGAAGCAAAAGGUGGGAGAAGUAAACAACCGCAUGAGUAGCUCUGUUUGGCUUUUCCUCGAGCACAGUCAGUUGCUGCUGUGCUUUCAUAGCAGCUUGUUGAAUUUAUCCCACACCCUCACGCUUUCUCGGGAAUUUUCUUGAGUAAAUGUGCUUUUGUGCUUGUUGAAUAUUCCUCCAGUUUGGACUGUUUUUCUUUCAUUUUCUUUUCUCAAAAAAAUUUCGCCCAAAAUGAAGUGUUCUGUUAUUUUGGCUCUAGGCCUAUUGCUUACAUUCAAUGGGAUUAAUGGAGUUCCAAUGCCAUCCAAGGAGCCCCAAGUUAAAGAAGAAGUAGCUGGUGAUGCAGCGACAAAUCUUGAAAGGACAGCAGAAGAUGAUUCGGAUAUGCUAAUGGAACCCGAUGAAUUCCACGACACGUCAAUAAUUCCCGCCGUCCUGUAUUCGCACCACACCACACAUGCCGCAGCUGAAUCUGGUUUUCAUCCAAUUGCAAAUCCAGAGUACACCACUCAUUCCUCCUACCCAACACCCUCAUCAUCUGCCGCUGCGUCACAAGAGGCAGAUGCCCCAGCAUCUGAGGCACAGAACUACUUCCAAUCCUACUUUAGGAACACAGUGCCACCACUGGGACAUUCAAGACCCUACUUCGGUACGGCCCAACGGGGUGAAGGCACAUCAGCAGCACGCUUCAAUUCCCUCCGUAGCGUAAACAACUUCGAUCAUUCAAUCCUUGGCUCCGGAGACUUUGGGGUGAUUCGCGGAGGAACCUUCUACGGUGAGAAUGAUCCACCAUUCCGUGAUUCAGGAGAUUUCUACAAUUACUUCCACAAGAAUGGCCAUCAGCGUCCACAUGCUGCCACCUACGUUCAACGAUACACCUACCCCGAAGAACAAUUUGCCAACUUCCGUGAUUUUGCCGACAUCAAUUCCCCCUCAGACUCAGCAUACUCACAAUUUGUCGUUGUCUACGCAAACAAAAACUCCACAGAGGCUCAUCCAAAUCCCAAGAAUAUCUUCGAACAACUCGAACUACUGGACAAAGCGGAGGAGAAGAAGAACAAAGGGCUGAGUAAGCACAAAGCUAAACUCGCUGCCACAAAGUUGGAGAAAAAGUACAAAAAGAAACUCAGUCCUAAGGAGGCAGAUCUGCUGGAACCCCUCCUAGCGCUCAGCUAAAUAAUACCUUCAUCACUAUCCUAUAAUACCCAUUUUCAUCCCCCGAAAACAACAAAACAAAACCCAUCAGUAUACUUCAUCUCUGCAUUGCGUGACUUUUUAUAGUAAGAAUUUUAUAGAGAAUUUUUCACCUGAUCUACCACCCCUGGAUCUUACGGGGGAGGUUGCCAAUUCUUUUGCGUCGUCAGAAAGGCAAGAAUGUUUUCAGAGGUCAACAAAAAUUUAUAAUCCAAGUUCUUAUAUAAUAAACGCAAGCUUAGCUCAAUAGAAUCUUAAAGUUUCUUCAAGAUUUCGGAUUUUACCUUCGCAAUUCUAAAUUGAAAAUUAAGGAUUAAGAUUUAAGUUUUCUUUUAGCUCCAAAUUUUAAUUAUUUCUAUCUUUUUUAAAAAAGAAUUUUAAUUUCUUUAAUGAAAAAUUCUAAGCUUGAUGCAAUAAAAAAAUCGAGAGUUACCAAGAUUAUCCAAAGACUAAUUUUCUUUCAUUUUUGUAUUAGAAUUUAGCAAGUCUUUUUUAAACCGAGAUUUCCUUAAGAAAAGCUUCUUAAUAAUCCUUUAAUUUUCCCUAUAUUUAGUCCUAAAAAUUAGGAUUAUCUUUGAAACUCCUGAAAGCUAUUUUCCUUCUUCUUUUAAUCAGUAAUCCGUGUAAGGUUCUAAAGUUUGAUAAAUUAUUCAACCGAAGUUUAAGCAUUUUUAACAAAGUUUUUAGAUUUAUUUUGAAAUAAAAAAUAUUUCAAUGCAAAUAUUUUUGUAUUUCGGAUAAUUUAAAAGAUUUUAGACAAAUGAGAAUGAGAAUUUUAUAAGGACAAAAGAGCAAUUGUUUUAGCACAAAUUGUGUCUCGGCUAGGUCGUCUUUUACUAAUUUUCUAGAUCUGCCAAAUCUUUCAAUUCUUGUUCACAGAAUACCCAAAAAUCCUACAAGUUGUACGAGAAUUAACUAAAUCAAGUAAAAAUUAAAAGCAUAAAUGACGAAUAAACUUCUUGCCUUUCUGACUGCCAUAGGAUUAUGUAUUGAUGAAAUAUUAAGAGAAAUUUAAUCUCCAGGAGAGAGAAAUUUUCCAGCAACUUGCAGAAGUGCGUGCAGAAACUUCUGAUGGAAGGAAGAGUAGAGAGAAAAAAAAUAUUUAAGAAAACUGUGAUCGGAGACACGCAAAAUGUUGACUUUUUAACAUUAUAUAGAGAGAAAAAAAGAAGAAACGAAGAGCUCAAAAAAAUAGAAGAAAAUUCAACAAAAAAAUCAAAAA